AUGCCGAAGCUCAAGCUGGCGACGGUCGCGGCUAUGUCGUUGACGAAUGGGGUCGGAAAGGACGGCGGACUGCCUUGGCGACUGAAAGGCGAGAUGGCGUACUUUCGUAAAGUCACAAGCCACGUUCCGGAGGAGGCGGAGCGAACAGGAGCGCGAAACGCCGUGAUCAUGGGAAGGAAGACUUGGGCAAGCAUUCCGCCAAAGUUCCGCCCGCUCAACGGCCGGCUCAAUGUCGUGAUCAGCCGAACGUCCAGCCCUCAAGAUCUGGGAAUCGAACCGGACUCGAAGGACGUGAAAGUGUUCUCAUCGGUCGAGCAAGCCCUGUCGCACCUAGCAACUCCGCAAGCAAAUGUCAUCCGUGUCUUCGUAAUCGGCGGCGCACAGCUUUGGACGGAUCUUCUCCAUCUGGAAUCGAGCGUAGCAGUGGUGGACAAGCUGCUAGUGACUCGGAUAUUGACACCUCGGUACGAGUGCGAUGUAUACUUCCCCGAGUUUAGGACGCAGGAGCAAUAUUCGAAGGAGCUGGAUCAGGCCAAUAAGAUUCUCGCAGGACAGGAGAAGAGCAACGAGACAAAAACACCGCACGAGGGGCCAUCGAGUCUCCUCAAGCAGCAAGCGUGGACUCAGGCGUCAGUAGAAGCGUUGCGACAGUAUCUGGGCAGCGCAUGCCCGCCUGCACUUGCGGAAUCGCCAGACAUGCUGACGAACGAAGGCGAGACGUGGUACGAAUAUCAGCUCUGGGAGAAGACUGGUUGA